AUGGCGAAAGCACCAAAAAUAGACCCCAGAAAUGGGCUUUGCUCAGAGACGAAAAUCUUCCACAGCCUUAGACCACCAGUUCCAUUACCACCACCUUCUGAGCCAAUUUCCAUUACUGAGUACACUCUCUCCCUCCUCCAUGCUUCCACCACUCCCACCACCCCGUUCCUCAUUGACUCCGCCACCGACCACCGAAUCUCUUACGCGGACUUCCUCAACCAAGUUCAGUCCCUCUCCUUGUCCCUCCAGUCCCAUUUCCCUUCCCUCUCCCAAAACGACGUUGCCUUCAUUUUCUGCCCUCCAUCCCUCCAUGUCCCAGUUCUCUACUUCUCCCUCCUCUCCCUCGGCAUUAUCGUCUCCCCUGCCAACCCUCUCUCCUCCACCUCCGAGUUGACCCACAUGCUCCAACUCACCAAACCCAGCAUUGUAUUCACCACUUCCUCCCUCUGUCACAAGUUCCCGGAAACUUUAAAAUCUAUCAAUAGUGUCUUUGUAGACCAGCCGCAAUUUCAAUCCAUGCUCUCGGACACCACCACUGGCAGUGGAGUGGUGGGUAAGCAUGCCGGCCGUGUCAUCAGCCAAAAUGACACGGCCGUUAUACUUUACUCGUCCGGUACAACUGGACGAGUCAAAGGGGUGGAGUUAUCCCACCGUUGCUUAAUAGCCACGUUAGCUGGUUUUUACUAUAACAGAUACGAAAGCGGUAAAGAUAAUGCUGAAGAUCUUCCUCGUCAGGUGAUGCUGUUUUUCUUGCCGAUGUUUCACGUUUACGGGUUUUUUGGGCCAAUAAAGGCUGCGGCGUUGGGCGAGACAGCGAUUUGGUUGAGGGGGUUUGAUUUUGAAAAGAUGCUUGAGGCGGUGGAAAAGUAUAAGGUGACAUACAUGCCCGUGGCGCCGCCGCUAGUGGUGAUGUUGCUUAAGUCGGAUUUGGUGAGUAAGUAUGAUCUUAGUUCCCUGCGCCAACUUUUAUGCGGUGGUGCGCCGCUGGGAAAGGAGGUCUCUGAGCAGUUCACGUCCCGCUUCCCCCACGUGGAGAUUGUUGAGGGAUAUGGAAUGACUGAGGUCGGGGGAACAAUUUCACGGAUGUUAGGGCAUGAGGAGACUAAGAAAUAUGGAUCUGCAGGUCGCCUGGAUCAGAACAGGGAAGCCAAGAUAGUAGAUCGUGAUAGCAAAGAAGCUUUAGCACCUGGUCAGCGAGGUGAACUAUGGAUUCGAGGGCCUGCAAUCAUGAAAGGAUAUGUUGGAGAUCAUCAAGCCACUGCUGAGACCUUGGAUUCAGAGGGCUGGCUAAAGACAGGAGAUCUCUGUUAUUUUGACUCUGAUGGUUUCCUUUACAUUGUUGACAGGCUAAAGGAACUCAUCAAGUAUAAAGCAUAUCAGGUUCCACCUGCUGAGUUGGAACAUCUGCUGCAAUCGAUUCCUGAGAUAGCUGAUGCAGCUGUAAUCCCAUAUCCUGAUGAAGAAGCAGGUCAGAUUCCCAUGGCUUACAUUGUUAGGAAACCAGGAUCACAUAUCACUGAAAGGCAAAUUCUGGAUAUUGUUGCACAACAGGUUGCAGCAUACAAGAAGAUACGACGCAUUGCAUUUAUCAGCUCAAUUCCCAAGUCUCCAGCAGGGAAAAUUUUGAGGAGGGAACUGGUUAAUCUUGCUACUUCUGCUGCUCCAGCUAAAUUAUGAGGGCAGGAAAGGCUUCUUGCUUUAGAUUUUUGGCAUUGUGAUAAUUAAUAAUUUCAGGGCUUGUUCUAUUUUGUACUCAUUAUUAAAACUCUAAACUACCACCACCUCUAAAUUGCAUAUUACAAUUUUCUGGAAGAGGUUUACAGGAAAAAUGUAGAGAACCUAAACAAUUAUCAAGUGUGUUGGGAUAUGCAACUUUUUCUACAUAUUUUGCUAGAUU